AUGUUUCUAAAUGCAACUGUAUUUUCAAUUGGAAAUUUGCAAAAACUUAUUGAUAACUGGUAUAUCUUCUUAACAGUUCUUAAUAUGGCAGGAAAAACAAUCGGCACGUACAUCAACCACAAGUAUUUCCACCAAAUCAUAAAUCUUUUAUCAUCAGACGAGUUUCAAGCAGAAGAUGAAGAAUCGAACAAAAUAAUUAGGAAAAGUAUCAAAAAAGCUACAAAAGUCCGAACAUUGCUAAUUUUUUGGAUCGUAUUUGCUGCAAUUUUAUAUUUGUCAGUUCCAUUGCUGGAUGGGAGCAGCAAAGACUUUGUGCUGCCUCUAAAGGCUUGGUUUUGGUUUGAAAUCAAAUAUUCGCCAAUUUAUGAACGGAUUUAUGUUUAUCAGUGCAUAAGCUUAAUUUACCAAGCUUUAAUAAUGGCUGUGAUCGAAGGUUUCAUUAUGGGAAUUAUGGCAGUGAUUAUUGGCCAAUUAGAGUUAUUGGCUUAUAAGUUGAGGAACAUCAAAUCGGAUGGAGGUCUGCAAUGCUUUGAUGAAAGAGUGGUGAAUUGUGUGAAGCAUCAUAGGAAAAUCAAGUUGUUAACUAACAACUUACAACAAAUGUAUGGAUCUUCUAUGUUUUUUCACAUCUUAGUUGGAGGUGCUUUAUUAUGUCUCACAGGCUACCAUCUUUCACAUUUAUCUAUUCAAAAAGAAAGAGUUCAAUUCACCAUAGACUUUGUGUACCUCAUAAUGAUUGUCGGUCAAUUAUUUUUACCUUGCUGGUAUGGAAGCAAAAUUAAAGAUAUGAGUACGCAGUUGAAUUACGCUCUUUAUGAAAGCGAAUGGAGUUCUUGUCUAUUUUCUGAUGCAAAAAUGAUAGCAAACAAAAAUACCACACCCCGAAGUAAAAUGACUAUUUCAAAUAUUCUUAUGGAAAAUGGAAAACGAUGCAUUCAAGUUCGAGCAUCUGGUUUAGUAUCUCUGGAUAUGCGGACUUGUACUUCGAUGAUCAACUCUGCUUAUUCGUAUUAUGCUCUGUUAAGAAAUCUACAAAAGUAA